AUGAAUAAAGUUAUCGCAAAGCGUGGUCGUGUUAAAGGCUGUAUUACUCUUACAGCAACAUAUGCUAGUGCGAUUCCAAUUUCGACGACUUCAGAGACAUUAGAAUUUCGUCUUGAAAAACUUAAUGAAGCGUGGCAAGAGUUCAUAACAUUACAAAAUGAACUUUUAGACUUUAUCGGUACCAAAGAUUACGUUGAUCGUGAAUCGGAAUUUGCCGAAUAUGAGGCAAAAUAUUUUGAAACUCACGCUUUGCUGACAGAUGCGAUUCGCGUUAAAUCUAAAGCUCACGGGUCUAGUGAAAAGGGUAUCGCUCAAGGUUACCAUACGCCGUCGGAAGAUUCUGAUAUGAGCAUGCCGUACAAGUCCGUUAAAUUACCAACCAUUACAAUUGAACCCUUUUCGGGUGAAUAUAAAGAUUGGCCAACUUUUCGGGACAUGUUCCAGGGAACUGUCGAUUCGAAUAGAACAAUUACCAAUACGCAAAAGUUACACUUUCUAAAAUCGUUUCUGCGGGGAGAAGCCGCGAAUCUUCUCAAACAUAUUCAGUGUUCGGAAAAUAAUUAUAUUGAGGCUUGGACAAGAUUAGAGCAACGUUACGAUCAAAAGCAUCUUAUCGUCCGUUCUUUUAUUCAUUCGUUUCUUUCGCUUCCAUCAUGCAAUAUAGCCAACGUCCAAUCGCUUCGUAAGAUUACCAACGGUGCUGAUGAAGCUGUGCGGGGACUCAACGCGUUGGACACGAACACACGUGAUCCAUGGCUUAUUUAUCUACUUCUCCAAAAGGUAGAUCAAGAUACUAAGAGGGCUUGGGCUGAGGAAGUUGGUUCACGAGGUGAUUCAACCAUACAUGAAUUUUUAGAAUUUCUUCAAACACGUUGCCAGUGUCUUGAAGCUUGCAGUUCUUUUCCAAAUCCUACCAGCACCCGAGCGGUUCGUGCGCAUUUAGUGAAAUCUGGUCCAAGCUGCCCAAAAUGCCAAGAAGGGCACUUACUUUCAAGUUGUCAAGCCUUUAAGACCUUGAAUAUCGAAUCUCGUCGUGAAUUCGUACGAAACAAGUCACUCUGUUUCAAUUGCUUGCGUUCGGGGCAUGCCUCCAAUAAUUGUCGCCUCACAGUUCGUUGCCAUUUAUGCCGCUCUCGUCAUCAUUCUCUUCUCCAUUCGUCUCAGUCUCAAAAUUCUAAUCAAACAUCAAAUCAAACUUCGAAUUUUAAUUCAAGUCGUAAUUCAAAUCAAGGUUCUAAUGCAGUUUCUGAUUCAAAUCAUCAGUCGAUAAAUUCUAAUUCUGAAAAUCCAACUCCACAUUCUUCAAAUUCACUCAUUGCAAAUCAUUCAAUCUCAUUCAAACCUAAUCACCAAGUUUCAACAAUUUUACCAACAGCUGUAGCCCGAAUUCGGGAUAAUCAAGGACUUUAUCAAAUCGUGCGCGUUCUUCUCGACUCUGGUUCUCAGGUGUCAUUUAUAACUGAGCAAGCAGCUCAACGCCUAGGGCUCCCUCGAAAACGUUUAAGAAUACCAGUAGUAGGAAUUGCGUCAAAAUCUGCUGGAGUAACUAAUGGUUUAGUCAAUCUUAACAUCGUCUCUUGCUACAGUUCCGAAAUGAUUGAUCUCAGUUGCUACGUUUUGCCUACCAUCACUUCAUCGCUUCCACCACUAUCAAUCGAUCAAAUUCCUCAAAAUCUUUCUUCUCUGAAUCUUGCUGAUCCUAACUACUGCGAUCCUGGUCCAAUCGACAUUUUGAUAGGGGCUGAUAGAGUUUUCAAUAUCAUAAAGGGAGCUGCUGAAAUCGAAAAAGGAGGAACUCUUACUUCGAUUCCAACUAUUUUUGGCUGGGUCAUAGCUGGUCAUCAUUCACAGCACUCACCAGUAAGAUCAGGAAUUCAAACAUUUUGUACUCGGUUAGAUCAUGCUCAGGAGUUUGACUUAGAAAAAUUCUGGAGGCUUGAGGAAGUUUCCAACGAACAACCACUGUCUCUUGAAGAACAGUUAGCUGAGGAAAACUUCGUCAAAUCUCAUACUCGUCUUCAAGAUGGCAGAUACGAAGUACAACUACCUUUCAAGUCAACAAAACUCAAUUUCGGAGAUUCCUUCGGUACGGCUCUAGCGCGUUUUCAUUCCAUUGAACGGAAGUUCAAUUGCAAUCCAAAUCUGAAAUCUGAAUACACAAAAUUCAUAAAUGAAUAUAUUUCACUUGGACAUAUGGAAGAAGUACCUUCCAAUGAAAUUCUAAAGUCAAACAAUUCAAGCUACUAUUUGCCUCAUCAUGCAAUCUUCAAAGGUGAUAGUAGUACCACCAAAAUCCGAGUUGUUUUCGACGCAUCUGCGAAAACUCGAUCGUCUCAAUCUCUAAAUGAAACCCUUCUUGUGGGUCCUACCAUCCAACGUGACAUAUUUUCAAUCUGUCUUAGAUCUCGUCGACAUGCCUAUCUCAUAACAGGAGAUAUUGAAAAAAUGUACAGGCAGAUCCGGGUUUCUCGAAACCACACAGACUUUCAGCGAAUUGUCUGGCGCGAAAACCCUGAAGAACCAUUGAAACAUUUUCGUUUGCUCACUGUCACGUACGGAACUUCGGCUGCUCCAUUUUUGGCUGUAAGAGUUUUGCAACAGUUAGCUGCAGAGUCUUCAAAAACUCAUCCUCGAGCAUCCAAAACUCUUCUCAAUGAUUUUUACGUUGAUGACGUCAUCACCGGUUCAGACACCAUUGAUGAUCUUAUUUCUCUUCGAAUUGAAUUGGUGGAGUUGUUGAAAUCAGCUGGAUUCAACCUUCGCAAGUGGACUACGAAUUGCUGGCCACUACUUAUCUCUUUACCAGAGGACCAGCGCGAACUUUCACCGGUGGACUUCGAAGAAUCUAAUUCUGUCAAAGUUCUGGGAUUGCAAUGGUGCCCAUCCAGAGAUAUCUUUUCAUAUAAGGUCAAAUUGAAUCUAGUAAAUUCAUGUACUAAACGCCACAUCUUGUCAGAUGCUUCCAAAAUCUUCGAUCCUUUGGGAUUUCUCGCGCCGAUUGUAAUAGGAGUAAAAAUAUUGCUUCAGGAACUCUGGAGGAAGCAGAUCAACUGGGAUGAAGAAGUUCCAGACUCUUUAUCACAGCAAUGGAACAACAUCAGGAACGAGCUACAUAUCGUGGAAAACUUCGCAAUUCCAAGGAUCAUGCUACAAAAUAAAAAUGAAUGGGAACUGCACGGCUUUUGCGAUGCAUCCCUGGAUGCAUACGCAGCAGUCGUCUAUUGUCGAAACAUAAAACCAAAUAAUUCUAUAUCUGUUACGCUCGUUGCAGCAAAAUCUAAGGUUGCCCCUUUAAAAGUUUUACCUCUUCCAAGGCUUGAGUUGUGUGGAGCCUUAUUACUCGUUCGAUUGCUUAACAAAAUUAAGAUUUCAUUACAGGAACCAGAAGUCAAAACGUUUGCCUGGACUGAUUCAUCCAUUGUCUUGCAUUGGUUGGCCGCUCCCCCAAAGAAUUGGUCGGUAUUCAUUGGAAACCGUACAUCUGAAAUCCUCACAUCGUUGCCGAUAAAAUCUUGGAAUCAUGUACGUUCGGCUUCUAAUCCUGCAGAUGCCGCUACAAGAGGAUUGUUACCAUCAACUUUGGAAAAAACUACCCUUUGGUGGGAGGGACCCCAAUGGCUUAGUAAAACUCGAGAUCAAUGGCCAUCAUCAAGUUACAAUACGGCAGAUAUCGACACUCAGCACUUGGAAGAAAGAAAGGUUAAACCAAUCGCACAGGUAUUACAUUCAAAUAUAAACUCGAAUCACCCAUUUGAAACUAUAAUCAAUAACUCUUCAAGCUGGUUUAAAGUAGUACGUGUAGCAUCAUACGUGUUUCGUUUCAUCGAAAAUUAUUUCCUACCUAAGGAAAAGCAGAAUUUAAAUCCACUUUUCACGGAAGAGUUAUUCUAUGCCAAAAUUCGAAUCAUAAAAUAUGUUCAAUCGUCUUUAUUUUAUUCAGACAUUCAUUCUUUAAAAACGAAAAACGAACUUUCAUCAAAAAGCAGGCUUUUAAACUUAAGUCCAUUUAUCGAUUCUUCAGGUGUUCUUCGUGUCGGCGGUCGGCUAGAACACUCAAAUCUUACCUAUUCAGAAAAGCACCCGAUAAUUUUGUGCAAAUCUCAUCGAGUCGCAAAGCUAAUCGUGGAUUUUACACAUAAAAAUCACUUACAUGCCGGUGCCUCGCUUUUAUUCGCCUUAAUCAAACAAGACUUUUAUAUUCUGGGUUGCAGAAAUCUCGCUCGAAAGGUUGUUCGGGACUGUACUCAAUGUAUUCGUCAGCGUAAAGCAACAUCAAAACAGCUGAUGGGAAAUCUUCCAUCCGAACGCAUUCGGUACGCUCGACCAUUCAGUAGAGUAGGCUGCGAUUAUGCAGGUCCAAUAUCACUACGUUUAAAUCGGGGUAGGAACCCAAAAUUCGUAAAGGCUUACAUAGCGCUAUUCGUAUGUUUCGUGACAAAGGCAAUCCACAUCGAACUCGUCGGUGACCUGUCAUCAAUUGCCUUUUUGUCAGCUCUCGACCGCUUUGUGGCCCGCCGCGGUAAACCCUGUGAGAUUUGGAGCGACAACGGAACCAACUUUGUUGGUGCUAAACGUCUACUCAACGAGCUCUACAAUCAUCUCUGCAGUCAACAACACAACAACAUCGUCAUCGACCACCUGUCUAAAGACAACAUCAGUUGGAAGUUUAUCCCACCGUCCUCUCCACAUUUCGGAGGUCUCUGGGAAUCAGGUGUUCGAUCCAUCAAGCUGCACCUGAAACGUGUCAUAGGCGAUACAAUACUCACCUAUGAAGAAAUGUACACCUUAUUAACAAAAAUCGAAGCUUUGUUUAAUUCACGCCCAAUGUGGCAAACUUCUGAUUGUGACCCUAUUGCCCUAACACCUUCUCAUUUUUUAAUAGGGGAAGCAUACACAGCUGUUCCUCAACCCGAUGUUUCUAACUCUGUCAUUUCAAUUAAAACUAAUUGGUCUCUUUUGCAGGCAAUGCUUCAAGGCUUUUGGAAACGUUGGCAUGCUGAAUUUCUUACUUCAUUGCAGCAACGCUCAAAAUGGCAGAAAUCGCAACCAAACCUCGAAGUUGAUGAUGUCGUUCUCCUCAAGGAACCCAAUUUGCCUCCAUUUAAGUGGAUCGUUGGACGAAUUAUCAAAACCCACCCCGGAGCAGAUGAAAAAUGCCGAGUAGUAACUAUUCGCACCAAAUUUGGAGACUACGUUCGACCAACAAUCAAAAUUGCUCGAUUACCUUGUUCUGAAAGGCCAUAG